CUCUGGGACACCAGGGCCAUCUCCUAUCAAGGGUGUGCCGCACAGGUCUUUCUAUUAGUCUUCUUGAUUACAGCAGAAUUUUAUGUUCUCACCAUCAUGUCCUACGACCGCUACGUUGCCAUCUGCAAGCCCCUGCACUAUGGGAGCCUCAUGGGCAGCAGAGCUUGUGCCCAGAUGGCAGCAGCUGCCUGGGGCAGUGGCUUUCUCAAUGCUGUCCUGCACACGGCCACGACAUUUUCCCUGCCCCUCUGCCAAGGCAAUGCUGUGGACCAGUUCUUCUGUGAAAUCCCCCAGAUCCUCAAGCUCUCCUGCUCAGAUGCCUACCUCAGAGAGGUUGGGUUUAUUGCAUUUAGCUUUUGUUUAGGUGCUGGCUGCUUUCUUUUCAUUGUGUUGUCCUAUGUGCAGAUUUUCAGGGCCGUGCUGAAGAUCCCCUCUGAGCAGGGCCUGCACAAAGCCUUUUCCACGUGCCUCCCUCACCUGGCUGUGGUCUCCCUGUUUGUCAGCACUAUCGUGUUUGCCUGCCUGAAGCCCCCCUCCGUCUCCUCCCUAUACCUGGACUUUGUGGUGGCAGUUCUGUACUUGGUGGUGCCUCCAGACCCUUCUGUUGUGGGGUUGCUGAGAGCCGAAGCAGAGCAAGUGCCGAUGGCUGCCACGACGGUGCACCGGCAGCAAUAG